CGGCUGGAUGCACUACCUUGGCCGUGGAGCCCAGCAGGACAAGCAGAAAGGCAUCAAGAUCAUCCGCGAGAACAAGUCUGACGAGUUCAAGCUUGGGGAAGACGAGGGACUGGGUUCGAUAUGGGCCGCACAUAUCCUAUCGGAUACUCCUGCAGCAUUCAAGUUCUUCCAGAUGUGUCAACUGGGAUCCGAUCGAGACUGGCUGUGCAAGCAUCUCAUGGCUGUGUGUCUGUACCACGGAUUCGGGACAAUAGCAGAUCGGAGCAAGAUGGCAGGUAUCUUUGAGGAACUUGCCAAUGAGGGCCAUAUCGACUGCCAGCUAUGGAUCGGACGAUGCUACUAUUACGGCUGGGGUGUUUCGGAGGACCCUUCGAAGGCAUUCGAGUGGAUUGAUAUGGCCGCCAGUCAAGGCAACCCGUAUGCGCAAUGGUGGGCUGCUACGUGCUACUUCUCUGGAUAUGGAGUCACCAAGGACUAUGCUAUGGCAGCCGAUUUGAGCCGCAAGUCAGCCGAUCAGGGAAAUCGGCACGGCCAAAACAGCCUCGGUGACUACUACCGAUUUGGCUACGGGGUCGCCGUGAAUAUCGAGGCAGCCGCCUACUGGUACCGCAAGUCCGCAGAACAGGGCUGCACACAUGCCAUCGGCAACCUCAUUCGUCUUGGCCUGUCGCCAUGAAUGCAAAGCCCGGGGGACAUGCAGAGAAGCUCGCUUGAAGUGGCGACGUGAUGCUGCAUUGUGUAUUGUGGAUUGGAUGUUGAAUGUUGAAUGUUGAAUGUUGAAUGUUGAAUGUUGAAUAUUGAAUAUUGAAUGUUGAAUGUUGAAUGUUGAAUGUUGAA